AUGCUAAUCAUCUUUCAGAGGAAAGGUCAUGGAAUCGGACCGGGCACAUCAGAGCUGGGGGAGGGGUGCUUGGAAAGGAUGGAAAGCGUCGCAGAAAGCCGGUCCGAGCCGGGAGAGCUCUCAGGAAAGAGAACGGCGAUGCGCAAGGCGAGUUUCACAAUUGGAGUCCCGGAAAAUCCCUACUCCUCCCGGUGCGAAGCCUCAGGGCUCAAGGUCCGGGCUGCGCAGGUCGCCGCACCCCUGGCCACAGGCUCGCCGCGGGGUGUCCCGGGGAAACGCACCGGCAGCCCCUCGGUCCCUAGUCCCUCUCACUCCAUUGGCCCCCCGGUCCCCGCCCCGACGCCCCCCACCCCCCGCCUCUGCGGCCCAGGAGUGGCGUCAGCACGCCUGCCCCGCGUGGGGUUUAAAUGCCCACUAGCGGGAGCCCGGGCGCUUCCAGCUCGGAGCGCGGUGGCGGCUGGAACUGCAGGGGUGGGAAGGCAGCGUGCGAGCGGGAGCCCGAGCCGCGGAGCGCGCUGCCCCUCGCUCCGCCGCGGAUGA